ACAUUUUGUCAGAUCCAAGCCUGUGGUAUUAAAGAUCAACGUUCAAAGGAAUGAUAAGCUCCCCACCUAUGGUGACCUCAUAGGGUUUAACCUCCACGUACACCCUCUCUAUAAAGAUACCAUUCCACAGAAACGAGGAUCUACAUGAUCAUCUGGUCGGUGUACAAUUAGAUCGCGGUCAUGUAUAAAUGUCAUCUCAAUGGAUAUCAAGUCAAGCACAUUCAAGCGAGAUGCACAGAACGUCCAGGCAUGGCUAGUCGGCAACGGGCUGGCUUCCCUAGCCGCCGCUGUUUACAUGACGAGGGAAUGCAACGUUCCUGGUCGAAAUAUCCAUAUCCUCGAUCUUCAUCCAGGCUUUGAAGGAGAAAUGGCUACCCUGGGGGAUGCAGAGAAUGGGUACUUCUUGCCAUACCAGUGCCUCCCACAUGUCUAUGGUACUUGCAUCGAGGGCCUCUUGUCCUUAGUGCCUAGUAUCCUGGAUUCCGACAAGUCUCUGCUGGGCGACAUUCAAGAAUUUGGUAGACAGCACCAGUCACACCCAAAGGCGCCCACGACACCUGGCACAAUAAGAUUGAAAGCACCAGAUUCAAGAGGGGUGUACACGGAAGGGUUCCAGCUCGGACUGAAACAUCGCCUGGAGUUAAUCAAGGUCAUCCUAGAGAGUGAGAAAACACUAGCGUCCAAAAAAAUCAAUGAAGCCUUCGAUAAGUCAUUCUUUGAAACAGGUUUCUGGUUGCACUGGUCUAGAAUAUUUGCGUUCCAGCCAUGGCAUAGUGUGAUUGAGUUUCGAAGACAUCUUCGUAAAUACUUGGAGGAUAUCCGGUCCCUUCAUGAUCUCAGUGCAACCAUCCACACGAGAUAUAACUUAUUCGAUUCGAUCGUCAUCCCAAUUAUUGAUUAUCUAAGACAUGACCAUGUUGACUUUCGUUUCGAUGUCGAGGUAACGGAUAUCAGGUUCUAUCCUGAGAGUGAUCCAGCAACAGUCUCUGAGAUACGAUUGGUAAAGGAUGGAGAGGAAUGUCUGAUUUCGCUUGACCCAGAGGAUAUUUGCUUAGUUGACCUAGGUUUCUCACGCUCCGGUGCAGUUUAUGGUACGAAUGUGGCUGCCCCGCCAUUCUUGUCCUCUAACUGGGAGGAUCUCUUAUUGCGUGAGUGGAGACUAUGGCAAGGGCUUUCUCGCAAGUCUUCAAAAUUUGGAAAUCCAGUCAACUUUCUUUCACGAGCCCUUGAAUCUGGGAUUGAGACCUUUACCACUACUAUGCAGGGAACAGAAUUCAUGAAGCUAUAUGACAAGCUCGCCCUCGAGCCUGCAGGACGCACUGACACGCUAUUCCUGGCAGAGAGUAGUUGGCUGAUCACUAUCAACGUUCCACAUCAACCGGUGUUUCCGUCCCAGCCUGCUGACAGACAUAUCGUUUGUGGGUACGGGCUGAGCCCUGCGAGUGAAGGCAAUUUCGUGAAGAAACCCAUGUUUGCCUGCUCUGGUAUGGAGAUCUUCACCGAGGUUCUUUCUCACCUAAGCUUCCCUAUACAGCCCAUACUCGCUAAAUCAACUACGAUCCCUUGUGGAAUGCCGCUGGGAACCGCCCCCUUUCUAACACGCAGCAGCCAAGAUCGUCCACAUGUGGUACCUCAUGGAACCACCAACUUUGCGUGUCUUGGUCAAUUUGCAGAGCUUCCUGACGAAACGACGUUGAGCGCUGAGUACAGUGUGAGGACUGCUCAGCAAGCCGUCUAUACACUAUUCAACCUUCAAAAAUCACCACCAACGGUAAAGAAAAAUAUUCUCUUGGAGGUCUUUGAUAUUCUUGUAUAACCGGCGUGGAUGACAGUGCACCAACCCCCACUUAAGUCUUAUAUUUCUGCCAAUUCCCGUACGGGGAGGUGACCAGUUGGUUGGUCUUUAUGGAUUAAUCUCUCUAUUUAACAGUCUGCGAAGAUAAUAUUUAGUUAUUCUUUUAUCCCUAGGGGACGAUGAGUUGGUACUAGAAUUUAUUGCCUGUGAAUUAUGUGUUAUGGAACCUGUGUGACUGACCUUGAUCUAUUAUAAGCACUGAGAGAAA